AUGAGUCAUGCUGGCUCAUAUGGAGUGCACCCGGAAUCUCCGUCUGGGCGGUCGCAGCAACCACCGCUACGCACGCCGUCAGGCAGCAGACCCCCGCCAUCUACCUGGCCGGGCAAGCCCCAGUUAUCGACAUUUAAUCAUUACUCCCCGCAUCAACACCAACAUCAACACCGAUACCCCGACCUCUACAACCCCGACCUCAACCCAUAUCUUGACCUCUCACUCCCCACUUCAACGGCCUGUCCUCCCGUUGACUUCGACCUCGACCCUUCUUUCUAUUCCGACCUCCCUGACCCACUCACCUACCACCAAAACCACUACUACCCGGACCUCACCACCACGACCACCUCUACAAAUCCCUUUGACUUCGACCCCAACAACACCCUAGGCCUCUUCCCUGACCUAGUUUCCGACUCCACAACCCUGAACUCUCUGCUCAGUUCCCCGGACGAACUGAGCGACUCCUACCUCUUCGAAUCGCCAAGCGUGCCGUCUCUACCCGACCCCCAAGUCAAAACCCCACCCUCACUGCCAGAAUCCUCGCAGAUGCCCGCCGUGACGACAACGGACACUCACACGACGAACCCCGCAUUCACCGUCUCCAUCUCCCGGGUGGCAACGCCCAAGGAGCCGCCGAACAAGGUCAGCAAGCGGCAGCUGAACACGCUUGCGGCGAGGCGGUACCGGCAGCGGAAGCUGGAUCGGGUCAACGAGCUGGAGGCGGAGCUGGAGGCGAUCAAGCGGGAGCGGGACGAAUUGCGGAUGCGCGUGUCGAAGCUAGAGGGGGAGACGGAGGCGUUGCGGGGCUUGGUGAAGGGGCAGGGUGAUAAAGCUUAGUCUGAGUAGUAAAGAUUCAUCAAGUAUUCCAGCUAAAUCCAGUCACCCUCCCCGUCUCCUUCCAGUAGCAACAUCUCCUUGUCUACCCCUUCCUCCACAAUCAACCUCCAACCCGCCGUCUUGCCCACCCCGGCCAACCGAACCCGAAUCCUUCCAAUUCCCUUCCCACACCAGGCCCUUUCGGCUGCUCGCUCCGCAAUGCCCCGCCCUCCAUUCGAUGCUCCGGCCACCACCAUCUUCAUCUCCAAAUAGUCAAACCGCGGCAACCCCACCCACAGACGCGUGCGGACCAUCUCCGCCGCCACAACCAGAAGCAGCACCAUCGACACCACAAACACACACACAAUGUACGGGCGGG